AUGGCGGCGGCGCUUCUCUCCCCGGCCUCUCCCCUCCCUCGCUCCUCCUCCGCGGCCCAUCCCAGGAGCAAGGGCGCGGCUGGUGCAGCAGCAGGGUGCGCUCCGCCGUCCAGGAGGAGGGCCGUCUCGUGCUCGUGCGCGCCCGAUUCGUGGAGCCGCGGGCUGGAGAGGAGGCAGCUCGUGCUCUCCGGCCUCGUCUCCUCCUUUGCAAUCGCCCUCCCGAUUACAGUAGUACAAUCGUGCGCUGCUGCCACUGAGGUUGAGCUUGACGACGGCGUGAAGAUGGCCAUGCUGGUAGAUGAGACCAACGCCUACUCUUUUCUCUACCCGGUUCAGCUGCCAGGGAAGAAAACCUCCUUCAGAUGGGUGGAGUCCAGGAAAUCGGAGCGAUAUUCCUCUGCGGCGCCACUAUCUCCUGAUGCAAGGCAACGCAUCGUAUCGGAGCGCCUUGACAUGAUCAACAAUGCUGUCAUCUCAGUCUCGAUCGGGCCGCCAAGCUCACGCUUUCUACCUUCGAAAGACAAGACCACUUGGGCUGCAAAGAAUGUCGCUGAUUGCGUUUUGUCUGACAAGUCUUCAUUGAAGGUAACAACAACCCAGCGAAUGGCAGAGAGUUCUGUCCUUGAUGCACACACUGCAGAUGUUGAUGGAGAGCCAUACUGGUACUAUGAAUACAUUGUUCGCAAAUCACCAACAAAAUCGGCACCAGAACCUAAUCUGUUUCGGCACAAUGUAGCAUGUACUGCUGAGCGAGACGGUUUUCUCUACUCGUUAAAUGCCUCCACUCUCAGCAAGCAGUGGGAAUCUAUGGGACCAUUGCUACAGAAAGCUGUGGCAUCCUUUCACCUCCUCCCCCCAACAGAGAAAUAUGUGCCUCCUUACCAGGAUCCAUGGAGGUUUUGGUGA